GGAAUAGAAGAAAGGAACAAGACACUCCAAAAGGAGCAACGAACUAGGACACCAUGAAGCUGCUCUUCUUUCUUGCUCUUCUUCAGCUUUCAUGCUCUGGUUCUAACCAAGCUUGGGCUGCGAAUGAAUCGAACAAGACAGCUCCGACAGUCCCAGCAGUCAUCGUCUUCGGCGACUCCAUCGUCGACACCGGCAACAACAAUGGCAUGAGCACCGUCAUCAAGAGCAACUUCCCACCAUAUGGGAUAGAUUUCCCCGGCCACUUCGCCACCGGCCGCUUCUGUAAUGGCAAGAUCCCCUCCGACUAUAUAGCUUCAAUGUUGGGCGUCAAAGAAUACUUGCCACCGUAUCUUAGCGGGCUGAUGCCGGCCGAUCUUCUCACCGGAGUCACCUUCGCCUCCGGCGGCUCCGGCUUCGACCCUCUCACAUCAAAACUAGUGUCGGUGAUAUCAAUGCCGGAGCAGCUGGAUAUGUUCAGGGAGUACAAGCAGAGGGUGAGGGCGAUCGUCGGAGAAGAGAGGGCGGCGAAGAUUCUCGCCGGAAGCAUAUAUGUGGUGUGCGCAGGGAGUGAUGAUGUCGCCAACACUUACUAUACUACACCUUUCAGGAGAAGGGAAUACGAUAUGGCUUCCUAUGCUAAUUUUCUCCUUCAUUCGGCUCUCAGCUUUGUUGAGGAUUUAAUUAAUGAAGGAGCCCAAAAAAUAGGUGUGGUGGGAAUUCCACCGGUAGGCUGUGUGCCAGCACAAAGAACUCUGGACGGCGGCAUGCAAAGAAGCUGCGUUCCGGGUCAGAACCAAAUGGCGCAAAUUUACAAUACUGCCCUCGCCAAGGAAAUGCAAGGCCUCAAUGCUAAAUAUCCAGGAAGGCUGUUGGUCUAUGUUGAUAUAUAUGAUAUCCUAUAUGAUAUUAUUCAACAACCUAAUAAGUAUGGGUUUGAGGUUUCAACAAAGGGCUGCUGUGGCACCGGCGAUCUUGAAGUCGCAGUGUUAUGCAAUACCAUGACUUCAUCUGUGUGCGCUGAUGUCUCAAAAUACGUAUUUUGGGAUAGCUAUCAUCCUACUGAGAGGACUUAUCAAAUCCUUGUCUCUUGGGUUUAUAAGAAUUAUAUUCACGUGCUUAUUAAUAAUUAGAAAAUAAAAAAAAUAAAAAAAUAGAACUCUUCAUGCAAAUUAAUAUUAAUUAGGGGCUUUUGUGAUUUUAUUUUUCUUGAUUUUGCAAGUUCAUGUAAUGAUCCAUAUUUAUAUUUUACCAAGCUAUAAAGACAACGAUGGUUUGUAUGAUCUCAA